CCGGAAGUACUCUUGCCAGCAGGCUCGUGGGUGGCGGAAAAACACGGGUUUGGUUUCGUGCUCCUCUGGCCCGCCGGCCUUGGACUGCCCAGCCGGCUUCGGACCGCGCUUCGGAGCCCGCUCGGACCCGUUGAGGGCAGCUUUGGAGCAGCCGGGACCUGCGGCUAGCCGAGGGCGUCCCUUCUGUUUCCCGCCCCCCCCAAUCAGCGCCUCAUGGAGUCCACGUUCAGCAGCCCCGCGGAGGCGGCGAUGCAGCGGGAGGCGGGCGCCGCGGGGCUGCCCACCCCUCUCGCAGACCUGGACCAAGUGUACGAGCUGGAGCGAGUCGCUGUAUUCGUGCGCGACCUGGGCUGUCAACGGGUAGCCUUGCAGUUCCCUGAUCAGCUCCUGGGCGAUGCUGGGACCGUGGCUGCACGACUGGAGGAGAUCACGGGGUCGAAGAUGUUCAUUCUGGGGGACACGGCUUAUGGCAGCUGCUGUGUGGACGUGCUGGGUGCUGAGCAAGCUGGAGUUCAGGCCCUCGUGCAUUUUGGCCCUGCCUGCUUAAGUCCUCCAGCCCGUCCACUCCCUGUGGCCUUCGUCCUUGGUCAGCGUUCUGUGGCCUUGGAGCUCUGCGCCAAGGCCUUUGAGGCCCAGAACCCAGACCCCACUGCCCCUGUGGUGCUGCUGAGUGAGCCGGCCUGCGCCCAUGCCCUGGAGGCCUUGGCCACUCUCCUGCGUCCACAGUACCAGGACCUGCUUGUCUCCAGCCCAGCUCUUCCCCUGCCAGUGGGCUCCCUCAAUCCAGAGCCUGAGCCCCUGGAGCGUUUUGGACGUCGCUUCCCACUGGCUCCAGGGAGGCGUCUGGAAGAGUAUGGGGCCUUCUAUGUGGGGGGCUCUGAGGCCAGCCCUGACCCUGACCUCACCCCUGACCUGAUCCAGCUGCUCUUGGGCUGGGCACCAGGCCAACCCUUCUCUUCAUGCUGCCCAGACACAGGGCGGGCUCAGGAUGAGGGGGCCCGAGCUGGGCGCCUAAGAGCACGUAGACACUAUCUUGUGGAGAAGGCCAGAGAUGCCCGUGUGGUUGGGCUGCUGGCAGGCACAUUAGGUGUGGCCCGACACCGUGAGGCACUGGCACACUUGCAGAAGCUGACUCAGGCUGCUGGCAAACGUAGCUAUGUGUUGGCCCUGGGGCGGCCCACACCUGCCAAACUUGCUAACUUUCCUGAGGUGGAUGUCUUUGUGCUGUUAGCCUGUCCUCUGGGUGCCCUAGCCCCCCAGUCUUCUGGUGGCUUCUUCCGGCCUGUACUGGCACCCUGUGAGCUGGAAGCUGCCUGCAACCCUGCCUGGCCACCUCCAGGCCUGGCUCCCUACCUCACACAUUAUGCCGACUUACUGCCUGGUUCUCCCUUCCAUGUGCCCUUGCCGCCACCUGACUCAGAACUGUGGGACACCCCAGAUGUGUCGCUCAUUACUGGGGAGCUCCGACCCCCACCUGCCUGGAAGCCAUUAAAGGAUCCUGGAUGCUCAGCCCUGACCCAGAGACCUCAGCUGGAAAUGAUUGAGAGCAGCCCUGCAGCCUCAUUCCUUAGUUCCCGGAGCUGGCAAGGGCUGCAACCCUGCCUGGGUCAGACGCCAGUGAUAGGAGCUGUGAGAGGAAGACGGGGGAUUGCCAUCGCCUAUGAGGAUGAAGGAAGCAGCUGAUACCAUGUAGGGGCAGAGACACAGGUGGACUUAGAAUCACUGCUAAGACCUUUAGUGUCCCCUGCACCAACUUCACUCCUCUGCCAGGAUCCUUGAAGGAGCCUGGAUGAAGGGAGGGCAGGCAGCCCUUCACUGAGGAUAGGAUCCAGCUCUGUGCUGUCCUGGCACUGGCACAAAGCUGUGCUUAGUGAAUGCCUGUUAUUUGAGUGAUGGAGAUUGACUUGGAUCUUUCUUGAAGCCACUUGGGCCCGUCUGUCUUCCUGGGAGCAGCCCGAGCCCCUGGCCAGUUACAGUUCCUGAUGUGCAAUUAAGGGUCUGUCCUUUGAAAGGCAGGUUCUAGAAGGUCUUGACCAUAGUUUCUCAACCUUGGUAUUAUUGACAUUUGGGGCCAAAUGAUUCUUUGUUAUGAGGGGCUGUCCUGUGCAUAUGUACUAGAUGCCAAUAUUAUACUCCUCCCCAGUCAUGAUAACCAAAAAUGUUUCCAGACAUUGACAAUGUUCUCUGUGGAGACAAAAUUGCCCCCAUUUGGAACCAUUGGUCUAGACCUGUUAUCCUGUGUAGUAGCCACAAGAUACAUGUGGCUCUUUUUAAAUAAAUUUACACUAAGAUUGAAAACUCAGUUUCUCAGCCACACUAGUCACAUUUCAGUGCUCAAACAGCCACAUGAAGGGCAGCGCAGCUGUCAGACAUGUCCAUCUCAGAAAGUUCUGUUGGAAUAGUGUUGGUCUACACUGACUUUGAUUUGUUCUCAGGGAGAUCACAGAAAACUUGAAUAAACCAGAGACUUUUUCUCCUUUGUUUCUUUUUAUUCAUCAAACACUGCAGGUCCUGCACAGAUUCUCUAGAUGGAGAGCUGAGUUAUAUUUGACAGGAUUUUUGUCCUCACAGUGAAUUUGGGUAGAGGGACAGUUAAAUAGGCAAUUACCAUUCAGUGCAACAGUAUUCUCUGAGAGGGGGGACACCCACAGGGGCAGUUGGAGUCCAGAGGUGGUUUGGGGGGAUGAUACCUAAACUUAAUCUCUUGAGAAAAAUUGGCAGGAGAAAAGAAGUGAAAAGGAUAUCUGAGCAAAGGGCACAUCAGCAUGGUGGGUACUGGAAGCAAAGUGGAGUUGAUGGACCCUGAAGAUCAGAAGGGGUGAAGUGAAAUGAUCACCUCAUCCUGCCCCACAUUUACUAAGAAUGUUGACAUAAUGGCAUUGUCCAAGCUGUUGAAGAAGCAGGUGAACAGGGGAGAUGUGGCCUCUGCCCUCAAGGAGUGCCCAGGCUACAGGCAAAGGUAGAUCUAUAAACUGACCAUAGUAACUGGGACAAGGUAGGCACCAGUCAUGUAUUCUGUAAAUAUGUAUUGAGGACCCACUGUGUGCCAGGCACUGGAAAUGCAGCACUGAAAAAUUCUUUUUAUGUUGG